AUGGCCAUGUUCAAGAACUAUCUGGGCCUUGGAUGGCCCAACUCUGCAUCAGAGCCCAAGGAUGAAACCAACAACACGGUCCGGGCUCUCCCAGCCUCAUGGUACACAUCCCGAGAUAUGUAUGAGCUGGAGAGGCGCGCCAUCUUUUCUCGAAAGUGGCUCCUGACAACCCACAAACUCCGUCUCAAGGAGUCUGGAGACUGGCUCCGAUAUGAGAUUGCAGGCUUCCAGUUUGUUCUCUGCCGCGAUCGCACGGGGUCAAUCAACGCUUUCCACAAUGUCUGCAGACAUCGCGCAUUCCCCGUCGUCACCGAGGAGCAGGGAAACAACAAGGUGUUUGCUUGCAAGUAUCACGGCUGGUCGUACGGUAUGAACGGAAAGCUUGCCAAGGCCCCCGGAUACCAGGAUAUGGAGGACUUUGACAAGUCCCAGAAUGGCCUGCUCCCCAUUCAUGUCCACAUCGACCACAACGGCUUCAUUUGGGUCAACAUGGACGGCAAGCCGGAGCCCGAGGUGGCAUGGGAGGACGAUUUUGGCGGUGUUGAUACCCAGGAGCGCUUUGAGGAGUACAACUUUGACGACUACGAGUUUGAUCACGCGUGGGAAAUGGACGGCGAAUACAACUGGAAAAUUCUUGCUGAUAACUACAACGAAUGUUAUCACUGCAAGGUUGCCCAUCCCGAUAUCCCUAGCAUCGCCGAUCUCGAAGCCUACAAAGUUGAGGUCAAGGAUUCAUACAUUGAGCACUACGCCAACUCGACUCCUGAGCAAAUUGCUCGCGGCUUCAAAGUGGCACCAACAUACUUUUUCCCGAAUGCGUCUAUGAACGUUACACCAAACUUUUUCUUCACUCAGAGGUUCGUGCCCAUUGGCCCAACCCAAUCGGCGAUGAAGUACGAAGUCUUCAGGCACAAGAAUGCCGAUGAUGAAGCCUUCAAGACUAUCAAUGACAUGUAUAAACGCAUCAUGUCCGAGGACAAGUACCUGUGCAUCAAUGCCCAGAGGAAUCUCAGUGCGGGCGUCUUCGUCAAUGGCGAGAUGCACCCCACCAUGGAGAAGGGCCCCCUGUUCUUCCAGCGAAAGAUUCGCGAGACGGUCCAGGAGCACUACGAGAAGGAGGUUCGGGCUGAAGAUGAGAUUUGGCCUGCUCGGCAGACGCUACCGUGCGGCGCCAAGACCAGCGACAAGGACGUAGACUUUUGCGCCAAGGUGGACUGCCAUAGCAAGAUGGCCAACAAGCUGGCGGCCAAGCAGAUGAUUGAAGUUUAA